CACCGCAGCCGGGCGGGUCCGAGGGCCCCGUUAGGUCGCCACCGCCUCGCCCUCCGGCCAGCCCGAGGGCUCCAGCGUCCCAAGGAGUCUGCAUGAGCCACGGACAGCCAUGCUCAGCUUUGUGGACCCCCGGAUUUGGUUGCUGCUCGCAGUGACUGUGUACCUAGCGACGUGUCAAGCGGUAAAUGAGGGCCCCCGAGGACGAAGGGGCCCAGUGGGAGGUAGAGGCCCCCGAGGAGAAAGGGGUCUCCCAGGACCACCAGGCCGAGAUGGUGAAGACGGACCUCAGGGUCCCCCCGGCCCUCCCGGCCCUCCGGGUCUUGGCGGGAACUUCGCUGCUCAGUAUGAUGGUUCCAAAGCAGCAGAUAUGGGCCCAGGACCAAUGGGUUUGAUGGGACCUCGAGGGCCCCCCGGUGCCAGCGGUGCUCCAGGUUCUCAAGGCUUCCAAGGACCACCUGGAGAGCCCGGAGAGCCCGGACAAAGUGGCCCUGCAGGUUCCCGUGGACCCACAGGACCCCCUGGAAAGUCUGGUGAAGAUGGUCAUCCUGGCAAACCUGGACGUUCCGGUGAGAGAGGCGUGGUUGGACCUCAGGGUGCCCGUGGCUUCCCCGGGACUCCAGGGCUCCCUGGGUUCAAGGGAAUUCGGGGACACAAUGGCUUAGAUGGACAGAAGGGCCAGCCCGGUACCCCAGGAGUGAAGGGUGAGCCCGGUGCACCUGGCGAGAAUGGAAGCCCUGGACAAUCGGGAGCCCGUGGCCUUCCGGGUGAGAGAGGACGCAUUGGAGGAGCUGGCCCAUCUGGUGCCCGUGGAAGCGAUGGCAGCGUUGGCCCCAUCGGACCUGCUGGCCCCCUGGGCUCAGCUGGCCCACCUGGAUUCCCUGGUGCCCCCGGCCCCAAGGGUGAACUUGGAGCUGUUGGGAAUAUCGGUCCGGCUGGCCCUGCUGGGCCUCGUGGGGAAAUUGGCCUUCCUGGAGUGACAGGCCCCGUUGGCCCUGUUGGCAACCCAGGUGCCAACGGCCUUGCUGGAGCGAAAGGUGCAGCUGGUCUCCCAGGUGUGGCCGGAGCCCCCGGCCUGCCUGGACCCCGAGGUAUCCCAGGACCCUCCGGCCCAGCCGGCUCUUCCGGCCCAAGAGGACUCGCUGGAGAGCCUGGUCCCGCCGGCUCUAAGGGAGAAUCUGGUGGCAAGGGAGAACCGGGAGCUGCUGGAGCACCAGGUCCCCCCGGCCCUCAUGGAGAGGAAGGAAAGAGAGGCCCCAAUGGAGAACCUGGUUCCACCGGUCCCACUGGCCCCGCAGGGCUUCGGGGUGUUCCUGGGUCCCGUGGUCUUCCUGGAGCUGAUGGCAGAGCUGGAGGCAUGGGUCCCGCCGGAAACCGAGGCUCCUCCGGACCAGCUGGUGCACGAGGCCCCUCCGGAGACACUGGCCGCCCUGGUGAACCCGGGCUCGUCGGUCCACGGGGUCUCCCUGGCUUCCCUGGAAAUGUGGGCCCUGCUGGCAAAGAAGGCCCUGUGGGUCUCCCUGGCAGCGAAGGCCGACCCGGCCCUACCGGCCCUGCUGGUGCUAGAGGCGAACCUGGUAACAUCGGAUUCCCCGGCCCCAAAGGACCCAGUGGGGAGCCUGGCAAAAGUGGUGAGAGAGGACAUGCUGGAUUGGCUGGACCCCGGGGUGCUCCCGGUCCCGACGGCAACAACGGUGCUCAGGGCCCUCCCGGCCUCACUGGUAACCAAGGUGGAAAAGGAGAACAAGGCCCAGCAGGCCCCCCAGGCUUCCAGGGUCUGCCCGGCCCCUCAGGACCAAGUGGAGAAGUUGGCAAACCAGGCGAAAGAGGUCUCCCCGGUGAAUUUGGUCUUCCCGGCCCCGCUGGCCCCAGAGGAGAACGAGGACCUCCCGGAGAGAGCGGCGCUGCUGGCCCCACUGGUCCCCUGGGGAACCGUGGUCCCUCUGGCCCUCCUGGCCCUGAUGGCAACAAGGGAGAACCUGGUGUCGCUGGUGCCCCUGGCAGUGCUGGCCCCUCUGGCUCCGGAGGAAUCCCUGGAGAACGAGGAGCAGCUGGUGUCCCUGGUGGCAAAGGAGACAAGGGAGAACCUGGCCUGCGUGGUGAAUUUGGAAACCCAGGUCGUGAUGGAGCACGGGGCGCUCCUGGUGCUGCGGGUGCCCCCGGGCCUUCUGGAGUCACUGGAGACAGGGGUGAAGCCGGAGCUGCUGGUCCCGCCGGUCCCGCUGGUCCUCGUGGAAGCCCCGGUGAACGUGGUGAAGUGGGCCCUGCCGGCCCCAACGGAUUUGCUGGUCCUCCUGGAGCCGCUGGCCAGGCUGGAGCAAAGGGCGAGAGGGGCACCAAAGGCCCCAAGGGGGAGAAUGGUCCCACAGGCCCCGUGGGCGCUGUUGGCUCUGCUGGCCCAGCUGGUCCCAAUGGUCUUCCCGGUCCCACUGGAGGACGUGGUGAUGGCGGUCCCCCGGGCAUGACGGGCUUCCCUGGCGCUGCUGGACGCACCGGCUCCGCCGGCCCCUCUGGGGUAUCACCGGCCCCUCCGGCCCCCCCCGGAGCCUCAGGCAAAGAAGGCCCUCGAGGACCCCGUGGUGACCAAGGACCAGUCGGGCGCACAGGAGAACAAGGUGCUGUCGGUCCCCCUGGCUUCCUCGGGGAGAAAGGCCCAUCUGGAGAGCCUGGAACUGCUGGUCCUCCCGGAACCCCAGGUCCUCAGGGUCUUCUGGGAUCUCCUGGUAUCCUUGGUCUGCCCGGUUCUCGAGGUGAACGUGGUCUCCCUGGUGUGUCUGGAGGUUUGGGUGAACCUGGUCCCCUCGGUCUCUCUGGCCCCUCUGGUGCCCGUGGUCCCCCCGGAAAUGUGGGUAAUCCUGGUGUGAAUGGAGCUCCUGGUGAAGCUGGUAGAGAUGGCAACCCCGGCAACGACGGUCCCCCUGGACGUGAUGGUCUCCCAGGACACAAGGGUGAACGUGGCUACCCUGGAAACCCUGGAUCCGUUGGCAAUGCUGGAGCUCCUGGUGCCCACGGCACAGUGGGUCCCGCUGGCAAGACUGGAAACCGUGGUGAACCUGGCCCCGUCGGUUCCGUUGGCUCACUCGGCCCCGCUGGUCCUCGAGGUCUUGCCGGCCCACAAGGACCCCGCGGUGAGAAAGGAGAAACUGGUGAGAAAGGACACAGAGGUAUGACUGGCUUCAAGGGACACAACGGACUGCAAGGUCUACCUGGUAUUGCUGGCCAGCACGGAGAACAAGGAGCAGCCGGCUCCACUGGCCCCACUGGUCCCAGGGGUCCUGCUGGUCCCUCUGGUCCUCCUGGCAAGGAUGGGCGCUCAGGACAGCCCGGUGCUAUCGGACCUGCUGGCGUCCGUGGUUCCCAGGGCAGCCAAGGCCCCGCUGGUCCUCCCGGCUCUCCCGGUCUGCCUGGACCCCCCGGCCCCAGCGGCGGCGGCUACGACUUCGGCUACGAAGGUGACUUCUACCGGGCUGACCAGCCACGCACCCCAGUCGCCCUGCGCCCCAAGGACUAUGAGGUGGACGCGACUCUGAAGAUCCUCAACAACCAGAUCGAGACCCUCCUCAUCCCCGAGGGCUCCCAGAAGAACCCUGCCCGUACUUGCCGCGACCUGAGACUCAGCCACCCCGAAUGGACCAGUGGUUUCUACUGGGUUGACCCCAACCAAGGUUGUACCAUGGACGCCAUCAAAGUCUACUGUGACUUCUCGACGGGCGAGACGUGCAUCCACGCCCAUCCCGAGAGCAUCCCGACCAAGAACUGGUACCUCAGCAAGAACCCCAAGGAGAAGAAGCACAUGUGGUUCGGGGAGACCCUCAAUGGUGGCACCCAGUUUGAGUACAAUGGUGAAGGAGUGACCUCCAAGGACAUGGCCACCCAGCUGGCCUUCAUGCGACUGCUGGCCAACCACGUCUCCCAGAAUCUCACCUAUCACUGCAAGAACAGCAUCGCCUACCUGGACGAGGAGACGGGCAGCCUGAAGCGGGCCGUGCUGCUCCAGGGCUCCAACGAUGUGGAGCUGCGAGCUGAGGGCAACAGUCGCUUCACCUUCACGGUGCUCGAGGACGGCUGCUCCAAAAAGACCAACUCCUGGGGGAAGACCAUCAUCGAAUACCGGACCAACAAGCCUUCCCGUCUGCCCAUCCUCGACAUCGCUCCCCUGGACAUCGGCGGGGCUGACCAGGAGUUUGGUUUGGACAUUGGCCCCGUCUGUUUCAAAUGAAUGAACUCACACUAAAUUAAACACCGAAAGGAAAGAAUUCGAAGUGCCACCCUCUCUCUGUGCCUGUUGUGUGUGGGUGUGUAUGUGUGCGUGUGUCUUUCUCUUCCUUUCCCCCCCAAGCCCCCCCGUCUCUCCCCGCUUGUCUACGUGUUUAUUCUCCGGGUGAAAGAGGAGGAGGAGGAGGAGGAGGAAGAGGAGGGUGAAUCGGAGCAUUGUGCAAUGCCGUUUCCUACAGCCCCUGUCUGUCCAUAGCCCCAGGAAGGUAUUUCACUACCCUAAUCCUCCUGCCCCAACAUCCCCUCUGCUGUGGGAAAUGUCAACCUUUGUAAAAAACCAGAAACAAAAUAAAAAAUAAAAACCGUGAAAGUCUGCA